UAGGAACUCGUUAAACCAUAAGAACAUUUGUAAAUGCUCCGACUUAUGAGUAAAAAUUUGUUCCGCCAAGAACAACUUAAGCACCUCUGUAAUGCCUACCAUCAUCGACUCGCAAUCCUGAAACUCGCGCUCAUGUUAACCACCGCACACCACACACACAAAGCACUCCAUUCCGAUCACGCAGGCCUCGAUCACAUACGUUGAGUAUCGAGCUCGGCAACGAGAGAGGCAAACAUUGCAUUACGGCUCGACGGCAGCAUACACACAAGCGACGUUCAUCGAGAGAGCACUGUUCAUUCCCAGAGAAAGGGAGGCUUUUUUUUCUCAAGCACAACUACCAUCACCGGCAAUCAGGCGGAGGGAGCUGAUCACGCGAUCGUUCAUAGUGCCAGCAGUUUGCAAGCAUCCAUCGGUCGAAACGGUAGUGGCUCACGUUACGGGCGUAGAAGUGGCUCCAGCUUCAAAAAAAGAGGUGGAAAAUUGAUUUGCUGUUGGAGGCAAUUUCAGUUACACGAAAAAGGUGAACUCGGCCUUUGCAUCGGUGAGGUGAGUCUAUUUAUCGCCCGACCAGAUACAGGUGGAAAACUAACUGGUUUGUUCCAUCACCAGACCGACGCUUAGUGCAGCCAACAAAAGGAGGCGGCCAUUUUGCACCACCACGAGAUUGCCAAGCCACAUGUUCUGGAGAAAACUGCACCUCAUUCGACGUAUUUCGUGCACAUCCGAACGCGAUUAGCGCUGUUUCCCCCCGGGUGAGUGAGCAUUUUCGACUUUGCGAGAGACAUCCGUCUAAUGACCGUUUUUCUAGUUUGACCGUCGGUGAACUCGGUGGUGGCACUCGCCGUCCGUGCAAUUGGCAGAUCAAACCGCACGAGUGUCAGUUUUGCAUCGUGGCCCACCAGUGAAGAUCAUUCAGCCGCCCGGCGGGACAUCUUGCACGAUCAGCCGAGGUCAAGCGCUGACGGAAGAGGCAAGAAACCGUGACGAUCCGUAUACACCGAGAGGACAGGAGCAAAGAGCCUUCGUCAAAGAAGGCUCUUUUUUCUCGUUCCAGUUUCGUCAACAUCAAUUAGGCAGACCGAGCGGGGGUGACCACCGACGUCGGCGCACCGUCGAUCUUGAGACGUUCUCGGUGGCUUUCGGCGGGACGCGGUAGCCAGCUUUCCGGCGCGGGAGCGAAGGGCUCGAAGGCAGCAACGAUCGCAUCGGUAAUCGGAGGAGCGGAUUGGUGAGCGAGUUGGCGCCAAUCAUGAAUCGGACCGUAGGGUCGGCCGGGAACACGCAUCCGGCAGGCGAGGAGGCCCGAGUGAGCGGUCGAGGUUUGUGAUCGGUGGCGAUGCGUGAGUACAAAGAUGAGACAAAUGUUAGUUUCUAAGUAAGAAUAAACAGCUAGGACGUAGAGAGAGGAUUAGGCGUUUAGGUGGCACAAUGAUAGGAGCCAAAUAAAGAUGUUGUCUAAAUGAAUAAGCUUUGAGUUGGUGCUUUGAUUGCCGUGUUUGUGCCCGAAUUACCCUGCUAUACGGUAGUCUUGCUCUACUGGUCGGGAAGUUUGCAACACUGGCGCCCAACUGAAAAUCCACAUUUAAACUACCGUUUAGCGAUUUUUUGGUUUGUGAGCAAAAGUUUUUGGUUUUUGUGCUUUUUGGUUAUCCGGCCUACGAUAACCAAUGUAAUUUUAACCCUUACGCAUUAAAUUCGAAAUAAAAAUGGACUUUACCCAUUUGACUGAUGAAGAAGUAAACUACGAGUUGGCUUUACGCCACGUAGUAAACCUUGGACCCACUACACAUAGAGGCAAGGUUCUUCGCCUCAAGGCCCUAAUACAAGAAGAGUCCUUGAGAGACAGUAAGCCUACUAGCUCAGACCAUGUCAUGAGCACACAAUCCAACCUAGAGCAAUGUGAAUCUCAAGUUCACCAGCUGCACAUUGGCGCAGAAGCGGCCAUCCGCACAGCCGAUAGCGUAGCUUUAAACCAAAUACGAACACGUCUUUACCACUAUCGUGAUCGAUUACUGUUGAUCCGUCCACCAAACGAACUGCGGGAAACUCACGCAAUGCUGUCAGUGCAUGUCGACGUGCUUCUAAAUAAAGUGAACGGGACAAGUGUAGUGAACGGUGUGCCAAGAAGUGAAAGUGUAGUCAGUCAAGCAACGUCAACCGGAGCCAUACGAAGGAACAACGGUGGAGAGGAAGGAGCAGUAGGUGGCGAAACGGACGCCACGAUUCCAGUGGGCGACGCUUCCAGGCAAGAAACCACACCACCACCAGUGACGUCUUUCUCCGGUGGACAAGGACGAGGAUUGCUGUUCUCUAGUUCAUUCCGAGCGCUAGACAACGAAUACGCAGGGGAGACACAGCCUAGACAACGGAACACCUCACCACCGCCUCCCUAUCUUCCCCGGGAGCGAGAAACAUGGAACCGUCCAGCCCCAGAAGCACAGUCACGAGAAGUUCAGGAGCUGCAAGCGAGAAUAGCGGAGAUGCAGGAAAGAGAACAGCGGACGCGUGAAGAAAACUAUCGAAUGCGAGACGACCUGGAGCGGCUAAUCCGGCGAGAUCGACCAGCACCGGAACGAGCGGACGAUCGCCGAAUACAGAAGGCGGUGCACAACUGGCCUUUCAAGUUUCGCGGCGAGAAGGACACUACAUCACUCAACGUGUUCCUAGAUCGCGUGGAGACAUUCGCGAGGUCGGAAGGCAUGAGCGACGCCACACUCCUGAGUUCGAUCAAGCAUCUACUCCAGGAGGACGCAAUCGACUGGUACUCACGAGCAACGUCGCAGAACCUGUUGCGGACAUGGGACCAGUUCAAGCGGGAGAUCAGAAGGGAAUUCCUGCCGAGCGGAUACUCCCAAAUUCUGCGUCUGGAAGCCAGCUUUCGAUUUCAAGGAAGGGAGGAAUCCUUUGCGAAGUUCUACCGAGAUAUCUCAGCGCUUUUCCGCUUUGUCGAUCCACCAAUUCCAGACGACGAAAAGUUCUUUCUGGUGAAGAAGAACAUGAACGAGAACUACGCAGCUAUCGUCACAGCAGCGAGGCCUCGUUCACUGGAAGAAAUGGUGGAAGUCUGCACCGGAUACGACGAGACGAGGAUGCUUCUGAACAGGCAGCGCAGGAUUCCCAUUCCGCACAGCGCGCUUCUGGAACCGAACUUCGCUACGCCAGUAGUAACCAGCAGACCACCACCGGUUCAGCAUCACCAACAGCCACAGCGGUUCAACAGAGUUCACGCCGUGGAGGUGGAAGAAGGCGCAUUCGAGCACGAAGCAGCGGAGGUAGGACCAGAAGACAAUUGGCAGCACAACAUCGACGAACUGAUGGAGCAAGUCAACGCGUUGAAGUUGAACAUUGAGCGGAGAUCUGCGAGACCAAGCUUUGCCGCACGCGACGAAAGGCAGCCAAGGCCAACGGAUAGGUACAACCGGACAGAGGCUGACGUCCUGCGAGUAGCGCGGCAGUACACAAGAGAUGCGCAAACCGCGGCACAGCAGCAGCGGCCGCAAACCGCAUCAUACCAGACGCGGCUACCACAACAACAGCAAGAACAGCCGCUAAGAGCACAGGGCUGGCAAGCACGACAGUGGAUGCCAAGCUCGGAUCAGAGCGACAAUAACCAAAGAAGUCAACGUCUGCUGCCAGAACCAGCCAGGCAACGGGAAGAUCGCCAGAUACAACAGGAAGAAGCUCCGAACGGCCAACGAAUAGCAAUGCUUUGCUGGAACUGCGACGAGGAGGGUCACAGAUUCAUGGACUGUCCGAAGCCGCAAGCCAUCCUAUUCUGCUACCGUUGUGGAAGGAAAGGCUACUCGUUGCGCAGUUGCUUCACGUGCCGCAUGGACGCGGUAAACUACCAAGCGGAGAACCAGCAGUAGAGGGGAGCAGCUCUCCG